UCACCUUCGCCGCGUUCUGCUACAUGCUCACCCUGGUGCUGUGCGCCUCUCUCAUCUUCUUUGUCAUCUGGCACCACGUCCCAUCUGGUCCGAUCCCCAUGUGUGAAUCUUAUGCCACAGAAGAAUGCGUGGGGGGCCAUAAGCUGCUGCCCCAACCCUGACGGGCACACGCCCCUCCCCCAGAUCAUAGCCUUCGACGAGCUGCGGACCGACUUCAAGAACCCCAUCGACCAGGGGAACCCAGCGCGGGCACGCGAGCGUUUAAAAAACAUCGAACGCAUCUGCUGCCUCCUGAGGAAGCUGGUGGUCCCAGAAUACUCCAUCCACGGCCUCUUCUGUCUGAUGUUUCUGUGUGCAGCAGAGUGGGUGACCCUGGGCCUCAACAUCCCCCUCCUCUUCUACCACCUCUGGAGGUACUUCCACCGUCCUGCGGAUGGCUCUGAGGUCAUGUAUGACGCAGUCUCCAUCAUGAAUGCUGACAUCCUCAACUACUGCCAGAAGGAGUCCUGGUGCAAACUCGCCUUCUACCUGCUCUCCUUCUUCUAUUACCUGUACAGUAUGGUUUAUACGUUGGUGAGUUUUUAAGGGGGAAGCCGGCCAGGGAGCGAGCCCAGAACGGACCGGACGCCUGUGCACCCCCAGCCCUGCCCCUGGGCCGCAGAGGCCUCAGCCCCGGGGAGGGAGGGGGCACUGGUGCCCCCAGCCUCCUCUCCCCCCCACCCAAACUGCUGCUGCGGGGACUUCCCGCCUUCAGAGCCCCCUCCCCUUGGACUAGGGCUGGGCAGAGCUCUAAAUAGGGGCAGGAGCUCCUCUGCCAGCCUGUGGGCAUGGCAGUCAGUCCUGGAAGGGGCGGGACCUCCAGCCUUGUCCACUUCAGAGGGCAUUUAGGCCCUGCCACGGGGCAGGGCUUGACCCUGGAAGUUCUGGGCCGCCCCCUCCACCCCCCACCCUGGGGCUCCCCCUGCAGGUGGGGCGGUACCCACACCGGGAAUGAGCAGGCUCAGCAGGGGGGCAGCCCCACCCCUAGUCUGCCCUCCCCCCUCCCCCAGGCUUUCUCUCCAGACCCCUCCCUGUCCCCCCUUGCCCCAACCCCAGCCACCCUGUCUCUUGGACCUAUUUUCUAUGUUGCCUGGAGGAGUCCGGCACCCCCUCCCCGGCCAUUUGUGACAAAAUAUGA